CUUGGUCGUGGGGCGAGAGCGACCUCGUGGCGGCGGCGAGUUGGCGGUCUGGAGAAGAUUUGCUAGCGCAGGGCAGGUGGAUUGAGCACUUGCGUCGUGACUUUUGGAAGGCUUUCUUAGCUUCCACGAAACACCGUCGCCAUGGGUCGUAUUAAGAAGAAGGGAGAGGAAGGUACGGCUACCGAGUACAUGUCUCGGUCCCGCGCCGUGCGCAAAUUGCAGCUUUCCUUGGCUGAUUUUCGACGACUUUGCAUUCUCAAGGGCAUCUAUCCUCGCGAGCCUCCGAACAAGAAGAAGGUGACUGGAUCUACUGCCAAUCGCACCUACUACUUUGUCAAGGACAUCAAUUGGCUGUUGCACGAGCCCCUUCUGCAGCGCUUCCGUGAACUCAAGACUUAUGCCCGUCGCCUGAAAAAGGCCGAGGCUAAAGACCAGCCCGGUGUCGUCAAGGCCAUUCGCCGCCGUGAGCCCAAGGUCAAAGUCAACCACUUGGUGAAAGAGCGCUACCCUUCAUUCGUGGACGCCAUCCGUGACUUGGACGACUGCCUCUGCAUGUUGUUCCUAUUUGCUUCAUUUCCACAGACGGGCGUGAUUCGGGCUCGCAUGGUCGAAAAGUGCCGCCGCCUUUGCAACGAGUUUAUGCUUUACGUUGUGCGCGCUCGUGCACUGCGCAAGGUUUUCCUCUCCAUCAAGGGCAUUUACUAUCAGGCUGAAAUCAUGGGUCAAACCGUCACAUGGAUUGCGCCUUACCAGUUUGCCACCGAUGUCCCCACCGACGUUGAUUUCCGUGUCAUGGGCACGUUCCUACAAUUCUAUCUCACUCUCCUCGGCUUUGUCAACUUCAAGCUCUACGCCACACUCGGCAUGCACUACCCCCCGCAGUUUGAAGCCGCGCAAUCUGAGGCCAGUGAGACGAUGUCCAAGCAUCAUCGUAAGCAAGCCAAGAAGACAGAGUCUCGCGUCGCCCAGGCUUUAGCCGACGUCAAGGCAGCUAUGGAUGAAGACCUUAACGAUGAGGAAGAAGAGCUGGACGCUCAAACCAAACAAGAAGCUGCACCGGCCGAUCGUGACCAGGCUUCCUUUGACACCUUCGAGGCCAUGGCAGACCCUGCGGUCGACUCAGACAUGAACGUGCCCUCGGGCCAGGAUCUUGAAGAAGCUGCUGCCGAGGCAGAUGCAGCCACCCGCAUUUUUCAAAACUUGUACUUCUUCUUGUCACGCGAGGUGCCUCGCUAUUCGCUUGAGUUUGUGAUUCGCAGCUUUGGUGGCAACGUGUCUUGGGACGCCCUGGACGAAGCAGAGGCGGGACCGUAUGGGGUGGAUGAUCCCCGCAUCACCCAUCACAUUGUGGAUCGUCCGGCUGUUAGUCAGACCUUUGAUGGUCGCCACUAUGUGCAACCUCAGUGGGUGUAUGACUGCAUCAACGCCAAAGCUCUGCUGCCCACGUCGACCUAUACCUUGGGCGCUGUUCUUCCCCCUCACUUGUCACCAUUUGUCGAGGAGGGUGCUGAUGACUACAUGCCACCAGAGCGUCGUGCACAAUUGGCUGCUGCCAAGAACAUCCACAGCACUGACAUGACCAUUGACGAGUCAGAGGCGCCUGAGGAGAUUGAUGACGAAGAUAUCUACCGCAAGGAGCUUGAGGCUGAACUGCGCGGAGACGAUACAGCCGAGGCGCCUGAAGAACCCAAGGGCAACACUGCCAAGCGCAAGAAAACCAAGGCAGAGAAGGGCAAGGCGGCUGAGGAAGAACGCAAGGAAAUGGCCAAGCUGAUGAUGUCAAAGCGCGACCGCACCCUGUACAACCGCAUCGUUCACUCAAAGAAGCAGAAGCAGGUCGAGGCUCAAAAGCUCACUGCCCGUCGUCAGCAGAUUGACAAGGAAAAGUCUGCCAAAAAGUCAAAGAAGUAAUCGCCUUCAUAUCAAGCCCAACAAGUUUGAGGCC